CAGCUAUUAAAGCUCUGAGGACCAAGGGGGCCACUGGACACAAGCGUCUCUCUGGAUCAGCUACUGUGGGGGAACAAAAAUAAACUCAGUUGAAUUAUUUAAGAUUAAGCCCUACUUAUCACAAUGCAUUGCCUGAAAAAUCUGAGAACAGCUAACCCAGGGAUUUUGCAGUUAUUUAAAAAUGCAGGGAUCUUCGCUCGACUUGGAGCCGACAACAUUGUUUUGUCCAGGACGCAGCAACCUGUUGCUCUCCCCUGGUGGGCCGCAGCAUCACUGCACACCCACAAAGUCUUUCAUCACCAGACGGGCCCUGAUGUGGAACACGGACACUCAAAAAGUAGGUUUAUGUCCAGCAUGGAGGACCUUCUUUUCUACACCAUCACCGAAGGCCAAGAGAUGAUCCCCCUCUCUCAGUUCAUCUCUGCUUUGAGAAAAACAGGUUUGCUGACAUCUGAUCCUCGGCUGCGUGACUGCGUCCAUCAGAUGCGACAAUCCACACGUGACUCUGUUGGGCCAGUCAUGAUGGACAAGACGCUAUUCAAAAGGUGUGUGGGCAACAACAUCAUGCUGUUGACUAAGGCUUUCAAAAAACAGUUCAUCAUCCCGAACUUUGACGAGUUUACCCAGCAGAUCGAUAAGAUAUACGAGAGCGCUCAACGACAGGAGGCAGGACAAGUCGCUGAUUACAUUCCCCAGCUCGCUAAGUUCAGCCCUGAUCUCUGGGGUGUGUCUCUGUGCACAAUUGACGGACAGAGACACUCUGUGGGUGACACAAAAGUUCCCUUCUGUCUGCAGUCGUGUGUGAAGCCUCUGGAGUACGCCAUCGCUGUGCACGACCUCGGCAGUGAGCGCACUCAUCAAUUUGUGGGCAAAGAGCCCAGCGGAUUCAAGUUCAACAAACUCUCUCUAAAUGAGGAUGACAAACCACACAACCCAAUGGUGAAUGCCGGGGCUAUCGUCAUAAGUUCUUUAAUUAAGCCUCAUUCAAAUAAGGCAGAGAGGUUUGACUACGUGAUGGAGUUUGUGAAAAGCAUGACCGGUAGAGAGUAUGUGAGCUUCAGCAAUGCAACUUUCCAGUCAGAGAGGGAAACUGGUGAUAGGAAUUACGCAAUUGGGUAUUACCUCAAAGAGAAAAAAUGCUUUCCUCCCAGUGCAGAUAUGAUGGCGGCCCUUGACUUCUACUUUCAGUUGUGUUCCAUCGAGGUGACCUGUGAGUCAGGAAGUGUCAUGGCUGCCACGCUGGCCAAUGGGGGCAUUUGUCCAAUCACAGGCGAGCGCGUGCUGAGUGCCGAAGCCGUUCGUAACACCCUGAGUCUCAUGCAUUCCUGCGGCAUGUACGACUUCUCCGGCCAGUUUGCCUUCCACGUGGGCUUGCCUGCUAAAUCUGGCAUUUCAGGUGCUGUUCUGCUGGUGGUCCCCAACGUCAUGGGUGUGAUGUGUUGGUCCCCACCUUUAGAUAGGCUUGGAAACAGUGUUCGUGGCAUUCACUUCUGUCAGGAACUUGUGUCUUACUUCAACUUCCACAAUUAUGACAACCUGAGACAUUUCACGAAGAAACACGACCCCCGAAGAAAAUCCGAUGAUGAUCAGAACAAAGCAGUGGUAAACCUGAUGUUUGCAGCCUACAACGGUGACGUCUCUGCUCUGAGGAGGUUUGCCCUCUCAGCCGUGAACAUGGAGCAGAGAGACUACGACUCUCGCACGGCGCUCCAUAUUGCUGCUGCAGAAGGUCACGUGGAAGCUGUUAUCUUCCUGACUGAAAUAUGCAAAGUGAAUCCCCACAUGAAAGACAGAUGGGGGAACUCACCUAUCGAUGACGCCAUGCAGUUCGGCCAUAAUGUUAUUGUUUCAAUCCUGCAAGAGUACCAGAGUGUGUACUCUGACUGUGACUCGCCAUGCGUCGCAGAGGAGCAGAAGACCUCGCUGGAUACAGCAAAGAGCAUCGUUUAAACCACAAGGCAUCAUAAAGGGUUUGUAGGAGAAAUGAAUCUGUUUUAUUACACACCUGAGAGGACUGAAAGGACAGAGGAUGACUGAGAGACACAGUGAAUGAAUGAGUUUAUCUUAAAAAUGGUAAUAGAUGUUAUGUGAAAAGAAAAAGUAAAGAAUCAACAAAGGGUUAUAUAGAACAAGCAAUGUGUUGCUUGUAUAAAGAAAAUUCACAUUAAUUUAAGCCACAAUUGGCUUGUGUUUCAAUAUUAAUAUAUAUUUUUGUGCUUAGCUUCUAAUGGAAAAAACCACUGAGAUGUAAAUAUCUAAUAUAUUGUGCUUUUUUAUUUUUAAAAUAUUGAAAUAUAUUUUGCCUAAUCAGUAGUUGUUUAAUCAGGUGAUUUUAUGCCUGCUGAAAAAUAACUGUAUAUGUUCACAGGUGCUUUGUUAAUUACUCUACCUCAGCAGGAAGUGAUUAUGCUUGGCACCUCAUUGAGGCUCAUAAACCUGUUAAGUCACAGCUGAUAACUUGUGUUGAUGUAGUUAUUUUAUUUUUGCCUUCUUGGAGGAAUUACCCUUGCUUCAUUAGAGUGACCUCUUUUUAUUGGUUACGUAUGUAUCACAGAAACAUUUGACUAAUUCUAACACAAAUUUAUAGGCUAAUUACUAAAAUCUGGCAAAUGACUGUUGGAAACUACACACUCACACUUGUUUUAAUGACAGCAAGUUUUUUUGCUUGUUGGUUUUUAGUUUUUGCAGCGCACUGGGAAUCUCAACAAUUAUGAAACAGUUGAAUUACAACCAAUAAAGGUGGGAUGUUAAUUUGCUAAAAGCACAAGGACAAUAUAUUUAAAGGCAGGAGAUGUUGGUUGAUGUUUUGAGUUGCAGAGCCAGUUAGUUAGUGUCAUCCAAACACUUAAGUGUUGUUAAAAGAAAAGGUGAUGGAACAAAGUGGAAAUGAAGUGCCCUUGAGUGUAUAUAUGAGUGUAUAUUCACCAAAAAAAAGUAUUUGUACAUUAAAUAUCUUAUCUUUGCGCUAUAUUAAUUGAAUAAAGUUAAAAAAGAAUAUAUAAA